ACUUUGGGGUAUUCUUGUGUUUCUGGGUUAUCUUAGUUCUGUUUUUUUCUAACGAUGAUGAACUGAUCUUUGUACAAAACGGAGAAGAACAUGGGAGCUCACUCUGUUUUUCUCAUCCUUUUUGGCGUCAUUGCCAUUGCCAUUGUUGUUCAUGGCCAAGGCCAAGCAGGCUUCAUCAGCAUAGAUUGUGGAUCACCCCCUAACAUAAACUACGUAGACACUGACACUGGUAUCAGCUACACGUGGGACGCACCUUACAUCAACUCUGGAGUCAACGCAAACGUAUCCGAACAAUAUGGUUACCCGGCCAACCCGGUUCUGCCGUUCCCGCUCGCAGACGUCAGAUCUUUCCCUCAAGGAAACAGAAACUGCUACACCUUAACACCUUCCGAUGGAAAAGGAAACCUCUACCUCAUCAGAGCUUCCUUCAUGUACGGAAACUACGACGGUAAAAAAGCUCUCCCUGAGUUUGACCUCUACGUAAACGUUAACUUCUGGUCCACGGUAACGUUCAGAAACGCUUCUGAGAACGUCAUCAAAGAGAUACUAACAUUCGCCGAGUCGGAUACAGUUUACGUCUGCCUUGUGAACAAAGGCAAAGGAACUCCUUUCAUAUCAGCCUUGGAGUUAAGGCCAAUGAACAGCUCAAUCUACGGCACUGAGUUUGGAAGGAACGUCUCGUUGGUGCUCUAUCAAAGAUACGACACAGGGUUUGUAAACGGAACAGGACGGUACCAAAGGGAUGUGUAUGAUCGUAUCUGGUCUCCUUACUCUCAACCCUCUUGGAACACAACCAUGACGACUGGCUAUAUCGAUAUCUUUCAGUCUGGUUAUAAGCCACCAGAUGAAGUUAUUAAGACAGCUGCUUACCCUAAAAGCGACGACGAACCAUUGGAGUUGUCGUGGACAUCAGAUGAUCCAGACGCUAGGUUCUACGCUUACCUCUACUUUGCGGAACUCGAGAGUCUCAAGAGGGAUGAGAGCAGAAAAAUCAAGAUUAUGUGGAACGGUUCGCCUGUUUCAGGAGCUUUCAACCCUUCUCCUGAGUACUCAAUGACAUUGUCUAACUCGCGAGCUUUCACCGGUAAAGACCACUGGAUCUCCGUCCAGAAGGCAGCGGAUUCAACACUUCCACCAAUACUUAAUGCUAUCGAGAUCUUUACAGCACAAUCUCUUGAUGAGUUUCCCACCAUAGCUGAAGAAGUUUACGCGAUGGAAAGCAUAAGAUCAACGUAUAAAGUGCAAAAGGCGUGGACUGGUGAUCCUUGCUCCCCAAGACUAUUCCCUUGGGAAGGUGUUGGAUGCAUCUACAACGAUUCUGACCAUCAUAUCAAGUCCUUGAAUCUUAGCUCAAGCGGAUUACAAGGACCAAUAGCCUUGUCAUUUAGAAAUUUAUCACAUCUCGAGUCAUUGGAUUUAUCUAACAACAACCUAAGAGGAUUUGUGCCAGAGUUUUUGGCUGAUCUAAAACAGUUGAAGUACCUAAAUUUGAAAGGAAAUAAGUUUGUUGGGUUUAUCCCAAAAUCUCUUAGGAAAGAAUCAAAGGCUGGUGGACUUGCACUCAUUAUGGAUGAACAAAACAUUUGCCACUCACGUUCAUGUCGAGAUAGGAACAACAUCAUUGUGCCAAUAGUUGUAUCCACGUUACUGAUCCUUCUCAUUGCUGCCUUGGUUAUCAUAUGCAUUAUUCGAAGGGAAAGAAAAAUAGGAGCCUAUUCAGGACCGCUCCUGCCUUCAGGGAAGAGAAGGUUCACUUACAGCGAAGUCUCUAGCAUUACAAACAACUUCGAUAAAGUGAUCGGUAAAGGAGGGUUUGGUAUAGUCUACCUUGGCUCCCUCGAAGAUGGGACUGAGAUUGCUGUAAAGAUGAUAAAUGAUUCUUCGUUUGGAAAAACUAAAGGGUCAUCAUCAUCAUCAUCAUCUCAAGUUUCCAAAGAAUUCCAAGUAGAGGCAGAGCUUCUUUUGACAGUACAUCACAGGAACUUAGCCUCGUUUGUUGGAUAUUGCGAUGAUGGUCGCGGUAUGGCUCUCAUAUACGAGUACAUGGCCAAUGGCAACUUGCAAGACUAUCUUUCAAGCGAGAAUGCUGAGGAUCUUAGCUGGGAGAAGCGACUACAUAUAGCCAUAGACUCUGCGCAAGGAUUGGAGUAUCUGCACCAUGGAUGCAGACCACCAAUAGUACACAGAGAUGUUAAAACAGCAAACAUUCUACUAAACGAUAACUUGGAAGCCAAGAUUGCUGAUUUUGGCCUUUCUAAAGUCUUCCCUGAGGACGAUCUUAGCCACGUUGUGACUGCAGUCAUGGGCACUCCCGGCUACGUUGAUCCAGAGUACUACAACACGUUUAAGCUAAACGAGAAGAGUGACGUGUACAGUUUCGGAAUCGUCCUUCUUGAGAUCAUAACCGGCCGGAGAUCAAUCAUGAAAACCGACGACGGUGACAAGAUGAACGUUGUCCACUACGUUGAGCCUUUCCUCGAAAUUGGAGACAUAGACGGCGUUGUGGACGCACGGCUUCACGGUGACUUCUCCUCAAACUCGGCUUGGAAGUUCGUAGAGAUCGCAAUGACUUGCGUUAAAGACAGAGGAGUACACAGACCAACGAUGAACCAGAUCGUGUCUGAUCUUAAGCAGUGCUUAGCAGCCGAGCUGGCUCGUGAGCCACAGAGCCUCCUUGAGAAGGAAGAGAAGAACAGGAAGACUAUUCCGGUUCGGAAAUAUAGCAUCAGUGACUAUAUUAGCUCGUCGGGUUCCGUUUCACUUACUUUUGGAGAUAACAACACGCAUGGCCCAACGGCAAGGUAGAGAGAAAUAAAUCAAGGUUUGAUUGAUCUUAUUUUAUGGUCUCUAUCUUUAAAUUAUUUUCAGUUUUAUUUUUGAUGUGUUCUUUAAUUUGUUUGAGUUAAAAUUUGAUUUUAAAGAUUCAUUUGUUUUUGUUUUCUUUUAAGAAAACUUGUAAUCGCAAAACAUUAAUUGUAAGAACAGUUUGUAAAUGUUUUUGUGAUGAAGCGAAUUGUUGAUUUAGUUAUGUUUGAA